AUGGGACUCAAGCAUUUCUUUAAAGGCUCCAGGGACAUGACGAGGGAGCAGGAGAAAGACAUGUUGGAAAGGAACGGAGUGGUAUUAAAGCAAGAUAACGAUAAAACAAUGCAGAGGAAGUUUAAAUUUGGACAGUUCUCGAGCUAUGCCCAGCAGCAGGCACGUGGAAAGAAAGAGUUGGCCCCCCGUAUUCGUAGAAAUGGUGCGGAUGAGUACUCUGGAGACUCAUCCGGGACGUAUUCCGGUUCUGAGCCGGGCUCUUCUUACCGCCAGCAAAACAGAUACGUGUCAAGUGAAGGGCAAAAUGCCGGAUACGGGGCAGGCAACACAAAUGGGGGAUACAGGAACCAGGGAGCACACUCAGACCAGUAUGGGAAUCAGCGUAGUGGAUACGGUCAUCACUCAAAUAAUGAUAAUACUCGGCCUUCCACUGCUAACAACUACUCGCAUCCAUAUUCCUCACAAAGUGCAGGUGUGGCAUCAUACUCGGCACCCGCUUUAGAUGCUGGGCGUGCCGGCGGCUCGCAUUCAUCAUCCUCCGGCUCGUAUAGCCCUCCGACACAGUCGAGUUACGGAACGAGGAGAGAAGGGAUGGAUGGUCCAAAUUCUGCGAAGUACGACCCGUAUGGCCCAGAAUCUGGCAAGGGUGGUGAACCAGAGGCCGCCAGCGUUUCAGGGCAGCACAGCCAUCAUCAGCAGCAGCAGAAACUGCAGCAAGUGCAAAAAAAAGAGGAAAAUGGGCAGAAACCGUACGAUCCGUACGCACAGCAGGAGUCAGAUGCACAGACAGUGGAAACUGAUUUUAACAAGUAUCCAAAUGCGGACAGCGGUGCACAGUCACAGACGUAUAAACCUUAUUUGGAGGCCCAGAAAGAGUCCCAGGAGCAUAAUGACGAAGAGUACGACUCGGAAGAGGAGGAGGUGAACCGAAUUGUGAGACAGACCAAGGAUGUGCGCCAGGCCACAGUGCAGUCGUCUGGAAACAUCCUAAGAAAUCUUAGAGAGGCUGAUGACAGUGCCACAAACACUAUGGGCACGUUAGGGGCCCAGAGAGAGAAGAUGUAUCAAAUGGAGAGGGGUGUGAACUUAAUGGAUACGCAGCAGCGGUUUUUGGAUGACCAUGUCAAGGAGCUUGAGCAUUACAAUCGUGGAUUGUUCCACAUCAAGGCCAGCAAUCCGUUCACACGUAACUCGAGAAAAAAAGCUGCCGAGAGGAAAUUCCUCAUGGAGCGUCAGGCAGAUAGAGAGCGGGAUUCGCAGUUGAAUGGCAAGCUACACAAGUCACAAAGGGCCAUUCUGAGUGAGAUGGAUGGAGAAGGACCGGAUCCAGAUGCUGCACAUUCCGAACUUAGGGAUAAAGAGGACUAUGAGCAGAGAGUGAAGGCAGCAUCCAAGUAUUUGACCGAUGACCACGAUGAGGAGGACGAAAGAAUGGAGGUGGAGUACAGUAAAAAUAUUGAUGAGGCGCAUAAGAUGGCUUCGAAUUUGCAUUCCAAAGCCAACAUCAUUGCCAAGGAGAUCGAGUCCCAGAAUAGAGGGCUCAAUGAGAUCAGUGAGAAGGUCAACAAGGUUGACGAUAAGAUGGCUGUUACUACGAAUAGGAUCCGCGGAAUCUGA